AGGUGAGAACAGCCGCCCUUCUUCCCGUCGCCGGAAAUGGGAAAUAAGAAAUGUUGUUAUUCAUGAAAUUGGAAAUCUGCAGAGUAAAUAGUUUUGUUAGCAUCCGAUUCUCAAAGAUGCAGUACGUGAAGCCGUGGGACUUGUUUCAUAAUUUGCUAAAGACGAAAGCUUUGGAACGAGGACGGUUGCUGGGUUUAGAUGUCGGCGAUAAGUAUGUCGGAGUAGCAGUUUCAGACCCUCGUAACAAAGUCGCAUCCCCUCUAAGUGUUCUGCUUCGAAAGAAGACAAAUAUGGAUUUGAUGGCAACUGAUUUUCAAAGCCUGAUCUCUGAAUUAUCUCUGGUGGGCUUUGUUAUUGGCUAUCCAUUUGACAGACAAAGAAGGGCUCCUGAUGCUAUACAAGUGAAGCUAUUCAUUGAUGAGCUAAGUAAAAUGGGAAAACUUGAUGGUGUGAAGUACACAUUUUGGAACGAAUGCUUUACGUCAAAGAAUGUGGAACUGCUAUUAAAGCCUUUGAAUUUGCACCCAGUUCAGUCAAAAACAAUUUUUGACAAAUUUGCUGCUGUCCAGAUUCUCCAGGGUUACUUGGAUUAUGUGAACAUGAAGGUGAAGUUGCACAACAAUGAGUGAGAUAUAUCUUCGUUGGAUAUCUAAAGCAUUCUAACAAUCUCACCCCAUUGGCAUAACAUGAGUGGCUCUGGAAUCAGAAGGGAAGGCAUGACAUCAAAUUGAUGCUACCAUUCAGUGUAAGAACUCAUGAUAUCCACAUCUAAUGAAUAAUCAGAGGGUUAUUUAAUUAGGCAGACAUCUGAAAAAGAAGAAGCCAGUGGAUGCCUAGGUCUUGUUGUAAACCCAACAUUGUAUUUGUUCCAGAAUGCAUUUAGUCCUUUUUGCCUUUCUCACAGGAACGUGGAGAGAACAUUUGAAUAUUGAUUCAUGUGUUUUGUUUAACAUAAGAGCACUGAGUAUCAUCAAUUGC